CACAAUGAAUUUUAAGUUCUGCUUGGUCUCAAACUAAUCUAAACUUGCCUUUCCUUGCCUCCAAUUUGAUACCGACCAAGCUUUCAAGCUUUGUCAGCAUAGUCAAAAUGUAAGCGUGAUUAGUUGGGACUUGGGAGCACAAAAUACACAAGCACCAAACCGAUUAAACUACUCGGGCCGCCCAAUGUCUUGGCCUCGAACAGAACAGCUUUGGACGCAUAGAUAUUAGUAGCCGUCGAUUGGUUACUAGUCCCUGCCCUUUCCCAUGAAAGGUCGGAAUCGAUGGCCACGGCAGCCAUGAAAGUCGGCGAGAGGAUGAAGAAGGUGAUCAUCGACACCGACCCGGGAAUCGAUGCUGACAAGGAGAAGCUUCAGCAGUCUGAUAGCAAAUACGCUCGCUACCUGUGCAAGCCUCUGGCCCAUUAUUUCGAUUACCACAGGGAAGUUUACUUCACAAAAGGAAAAGGGGUGUACCUCCAUGAUCCGACGGCGCUUCUUGCUGCCGUGAAUCCUUCUCUCAUGACUUUCGCUGAAGGUGCCGUGAGGGUGCAGACGGCUGGAAUCACAAAGGGUCUUACGCUUUUCAGGAGUAACGACAAAAGGUAUGUGGAGAUGACUGCAUGGACUGGCAUGCCUACCGUGAAGGUUGCUGUGGCUGUCGAUGCCCCUGCCGUAGUAGAGCUGAUGAUGCAGAGGCUGAUGGCGGACGAUUAUUAGCAUCAGCAGCAAGCCAGGCAGAAUCAUCAACCUUGCAAUUCAGCACCGAGUCACCAAAUAGACUCCUGAAUGAAAUUGAUGUUGCAUUAUGCAUUUCUCAGAAACAUAACGCCUUGUUCUUGUUACCUUGGGCGAUGAAGUACCCUUUGUUCUGUCGAAGAUUUAUGCAGUUCAAAGAAUGAAAAGUUGGAACUGUGUAUC